UUAUUGUGUAUACAUAUACAAGUCGUAAACUCGUAAAGAUUCAUCGAAACUUUUCGCACAAUUAUCAAUACCUUGCGCCGUAUCAAAUUAACAUGGUCACUCGAUUGCACAUUAACGAUCUGGUUGACCGAGACGAUACAGAGUUACAUUUCAUGCCGUGUAAAAUUCACGGGGACGAAACUGCGAAUGUUUCCUCUUAUUUCAAGCCUUACAUUCGUAGGAUAGACGAAGGAUACUACGAUUGCUCCUUCCGUGGCUACCCGCUUCAAGGGAGAAAGGUAGAUGUACCUGCUGGAUACAGAGGCAUGAUGUUUACGGAGGCUAAAACGGCGGAUACCGAGAACAGGGAGAGGAAUUUGUAUUGCACGGGAACCUUUUCGCAGUUUACGUAUUGGAAUUAUGAUAGAAUACCGUCUAAGAAUGACGCUCUUGCCGCUGCAUUAGAUUGGGUCGACGUAGCUAAAGCGUUACAUUCAUCAGAAGCAUAGGUGAUAUCGGAGGG